CCUGAGGACACUGUGACUUCCUUGUUACAUCACACUCUCUGUAAGUAAGUCACAAUUGGACUCAGAGUAGAUCCUGGCCAAGCUGACAGGUCCGCAGGGGCAGCCCUUCUGCUGAAUCCAGGUGGCCCUCCCUGCAGGGCCACAGGUAUACAAUGAAGUACCCUCUGGUGCCGCUGGUGAACGACCUCACACUCUCUUUCCUGGUUUUCUGGCUCUGCCUGCCCAUGGCUUUGCUGCUGUUCUUGACGAUCGUCUGGUUAAACUUCUUACUUAGUCAAGAGUCAAAGGAAGAUGAUUCUGAUUUGUGCUUCAACUGGGAGCCCUGGAGCAAAAGACCAUCCGAGUGUGGCUGUGAGGGGACAUUUCCUGGUGAGGAGGACAGGGUCCACUGGUGAUCCUGCUCUCCCAGGUGCCAUCUGGGCCUAAGUGGAUGGAGGGAGAACACUGGUGACCGACGGGCCUUCCCUGGGACCUCCCAUUGUCAGACCUGCCAAGCCGCUUGCCAAACCAUCCCUUCUCCAUCACCACAGAUGACCUGGAACCUGGAAGAGCCAGGCCCAAGCAGCUUAUGGGGGCCAGCUGGCCAGUUCAACUCACAGGACGUGUUGGAUACCUAUUAAAGGAAUGGGGGUGCUCUUGUGCCCUGACAGAGCUU